GCCGCCUCCCACACCAAUAGCACCAGAGAAAGAGCAGACCUGUGCUGCCAAGAUGCCCGAACAGGCGCAAGAGAGAAAGUCCAAGAUCUCAGCUUCCCGAAAGCUUAUGCUCAAGAGCUUAAUGGUGGCCAAAGCGAAAGAGGAACUGGAACAGGAGAGUAUGGAGAAGGAGGAGGAGAAACAGAGAUACCUGGCAGAGAGGGCACCCCCUCUGAGUACCAGUGGCAUGUCAUUCUCUGAGCUCCAGGAGCUUUGUCGAGAGCUGCACGCCAAGAUUGACGUGGUGGAUGAGGAGCGAUAUGACAUUGAGGCAAAAGUCCUGCACAACACCAGAGAGAUCAAGGACUUGAACAUUAAAGUUCUGGACCUGAGGGGAAAGUUCAAGCGUCCUAAUUUGCGGAGGGUAAGGGUGUCUGCCGACGCUAUCCUGCGAUCGCUGCUGGGCUCCAAGCACAAGGUGUCGAUGGACCUACGCGCCAACCUCAAGUCUGUCAAGAAGGAGGACACUGAGAAGGAGAGGCCCGUGGAGGUCAGCGACUGGAGGAAGAACGUGGAGGCCAUGUCUGGCAUGGAGGGCAGGAAGAAGAUGUUCGAUGCUGCUAAGGGCCCUACACAAUGAGAUCAGAAAAUAUAG